CAAACUAGCUUUAAACUACAGGGAAAAUCAAAACAUUGACAUGAACAUCCCUACGAAUGAUUAUUUCGUAAAGAUUCCCUAUGUUCCAUUGAAAAGACACAUCAAACGACGUACGUUCAUCAUCAAGUCUCUUUGUAAAACGAAACUCUCGAAAGCAGCACAUAACAUGGUUUGAAAUGCAUAGUUCUACAUUCCAAAACACUUCCAAACAGUCAAUAAUUGAGCUUACCCUGUGAGCGAUUCCACGUGUCAGUUCCCAUGCCUUCCUCUAUAAAACCCAAUGAAUGUUGGGCAGUGGUCUCAGUACCUUAUCGAAAGCUUGUAGCUUCAGUUUAAACUCUCAACCAGUGGGUCAACUACAGACAUGACCGUUGUGCACCGCAUCGUUAGCUUUGGCUACAACCUGCUCCAGCGCCACUUCAAUGUUGGACAUCCUACGGAACAGUUCUUCUUGCUGCGCUGUCUGGACGUUGUAUCCCGUCAGUUUCCAGUGAUCGAGUCGGAGUUUUUUCACACGUAAGCGCAUUCUAAACAUCCUUUAUUUCCCCCCAGCGGCCAUGCUACUACAGCGCCCACGAUCGAAUCUGGAGGUCGCCCUGAAGACGCUCUGCUUGAGCGUGAUGGUAGCGCACUCAAUAGCGCUGGCGUACGACUUCAGCCAGCAGACGGAUGUGCGUCUUGCGAUGGACAUGCUAUGCAUGCUGUCACUCUUUGUCUCCAUCAUUUUGCGUGGCACCUGCAUGCGCCAGUACCUGGCGCACAUUGACGCACUGGACCGGCUGGAAAGGCGGCCAACGUUUCGCGUCGGCACACCGUACGCCGAUGAGAGCCGCCGAAACGUUGCGUUGCAGAACAGUCGCUACCUCGGCGUGGCCCUGGUGAUGCACUUGCUCACGGUAACGAUGUACGUGAUCCAGAACAUGGUGAGGGAAAAUUCGUUCGUGAAGAUCAUUACCAGCUUCCCGAUCGACCUGUCCGAGCGGGCACCGGUGCUGGAGCGGGUGGCCGACCUGUGCUACAGCCUGGUCGGGUACGUUUGGGGUUGGUACCAUGGGGCCACCCAGCUAACCAUCAUCGUCCUGCUGCGCUACGCCAUUACCGAGUUUCGCGUGUUUCUCCACUCGCUGGACAGCCUGGACGAUCAGCUGCGGCAGCGUCGCGAGCAGUCGCAGGGCGCCCCGGACGAGGAGCGCAUCCUGCGGGAGCUGCUGUACGAGCACGCACGGCACCACUCGCAGCUGAUCGUGGUCGUGACGCACCUGCGUACGUUGCUGCACAACUACUCGCUAGUGCACUUCUCCUUCUACAUGAUCAUCGUGGCCACAUUUAUGACGCGCGUCCUUAUCAUCCCCGGCAGGUCGUCGUUCGGCUUGGCCAUCCCGCUGUUGGUGACGACGAUCUACUUCCUCGAAACGUUCGGCAUGUGCAUGCUGGUGGAGAUGCUUGUGCAGUUGAAUCGAAAGGUCAGCACCAGCUUGUACGGAUUCAGCUGGCCCCAGUAUCUGCGCUACGGACGCACCAUCAAACGGCCGAUGAUGCUGAUGAUAAUGCAGGCAAACAUGACGAAAGAUUUCUCCGCCGGCGGGCUGACCACGGUAUCGGCCGAGCUGUUUGCUAAAACGUGCCGAAUGAUCUACACCAUGAUGAUGUUUAUGGCCAAUAUGGCAACGUAGAAUCACAGCCAUAACGCUUUGAGUGUAAAAUCAACUGACCUGCGACGUCAGUUGCAACAGUUGCCACACAUAAUAGGUGCCUUAAACAGUCAAAUAAAGGGCUUGCAUGAUCUUCGAUUCGCAUUUUCCGCCAAAACAAUUACGAUUGCACU